GCCCAGAGGAGCGGGAGGGAAGGAGCGAGGGAGCGAGCGGAGCGGCCGUCGCCUGAGCCCAGCCGCCCGCCCGCCCGCCCGCCCGCGCUCCUCCAGUCCGCCGUGUCUAGCAGCGGGGCCCAGCAUGGUCAUGGCGGAUGGCCCGAGGCACUUGCAGCGCGGGCCGGUCCGGGUGGGGUUCUACGACAUCGAGGGCACGCUGGGCAAGGGCAACUUCGCCGUGGUGAAGCUGGGGAGGCACCGGAUCACCAAGACGGAGGUGGCGAUAAAAAUAAUAGAUAAAUCUCAGCUGGAUGCCGUGAACCUUGAGAAAAUCUAUCGAGAAGUACAAAUAAUGAAACUGUUAGACCACCCUCACAUAAUCAAACUUUAUCAGGUAAUGGAGACCAAAAGCAUGUUGUACCUUGUGACAGAAUAUGCCAAAAAUGGAGAAAUUUUUGACUAUCUUGCUAAUCACGGCCGGUUAAAUGAGUCUGAAGCCAGGCGAAAAUUCUGGCAAAUUCUGUCUGCUGUUGAUUAUUGUCACAAUCAGAAGAUUGUGCACCGUGACCUCAAGGCUGAAAAUCUUCUGCUGGAUAACAACAUGAAUAUCAAAAUAGCAGAUUUCGGUUUUGGAAAUUUCUUUAAAAGUGGUGAACUGCUGGCAACAUGGUGUGGCAGCCCUCCUUAUGCAGCCCCAGAAGUCUUUGAAGGGCAGCAGUAUGAAGGACCACAGCUGGACAUUUGGAGCAUGGGAGUCGUUCUGUACGUCCUUGUCUGUGGAGCUCUGCCUUUUGAUGGACCCACUCUUCCAAUUUUGAGGCAGAGGGUUUUGGAAGGAAGAUUCCGGAUUCCAUAUUUCAUGUCAGAAGAUUGUGAGCACCUUAUUCGAAGGAUGUUGGUCCUAGACCCAUCGAAACGGCUAACCAUAGCUCAAAUCAAAGAGCAUAAAUGGAUGCUCAUAGAAGUUCCUGUACAGAGAACUCUUCUCUAUCCACAAGAGCAAGAAAAUGAGCCAUCUAUUGGGGAGUUUAAUGAACAGGUUCUGCGACUGAUGCACAGCCUUGGAAUAGAUCAACAGAAAACCAUUGAGUCUUUGCAGGACAAGAGCUAUAACCACUUUGCUGCCAUUUAUUUCUUGUUGGUGGAACGCCUGAAGUCACACAGGAGCAGUUUUCCUGUGGAGCAGAGACUUGAUGGCCGCCAGCGCCGGCCCAGCACCAUUGCUGAACAAACAGUUGCCAAGGCACAAACCGCGGGCCUCCCAGUGGCCAUGCAUCCACCGAACGCGAGACUGAUGCGGUCUGCCCUCCUCCCGCAGGCAUCCAACGUGGAGGCCUUUUCAUUCCCAGCGUCAGGCUGUCAGGCAGAAGCAGCGUUUAUGGAAGAAGACUGUGUGGACACUCCCAAGGUAAAUGGCUGUCUGCUUGACCCUGUGCCUCCUGUCCUGGUGAGGAAGGGAUGCCAGUCACUGCCCAGUAACAUGAUGGAGACCUCCAUUGACGAAGGGUUGGAGACAGAAGGAGAGGCUGAAGAAGACCCCAGUCAAGCCUUUGAAGCAUUUCAGUCCACACGCAGUGGGCAGAGACGGCACACUCUGUCAGAAGUGACCAAUCAGCUGGUCGUCAUGCCUGGGACAGGGAAAAUUUUCUCCAUGAGAGACAACCCCUCCCUUGACAGUGUGGACUCUGAGUAUGACAUGGAGUCUGUUCAGGGAGACCUGAACUUUUUGGAGGAUAACCCUUCCCUUAAGGACAUCAUGUUAGCCAAUCAGCCCUCACCCCGCAUGACGUCUCCCUUCAUAAGCCUGAGACCUACCAACCCAGCCAUGCAGGCUCUGAGCUCCCAGAAACGAGAGGCCCACAACAGGUCACCAGUGAGCUUCAGAGAGGGCCGCAGGGCAUCGGAUACCUCCCUCACUCAAGGAAUUGUAGCAUUCAGGCAACAUCUUCAGAAUCUGGCUAGAACCAAAGGAAUUCUCGAGUUGAACAAAGUGCAGUUGCUGUAUGAACAAAUAGGAUCGGAGGCAGACCCCAACUUGGCAUCAGCUGCUCCUCAGUUCCAAGACCUUGCUAGCAGGUGCCCUCAGGAGGAAGUUUCGCAGCAGCAGGAAAGUGUCUGUGCUCUCCCUGCCAGUGUGCAUCCUCCACUCUCCCAGCGGCAGAGCCUGGAAAGCCAGUACCUGCAGCAUAGACUCCAGAAGCCCAGCCUUCUGUCAAAGGCUCAGAACACCUGUCAGCUUUAUUGUAAAGAACCCCCACGGAGCCUUGAACAGCAGCUGCAGGAACACAGGCUCCAACAGAAGCGACUCUUCCUCCAGAAGCAGUCUCAGCUGCAGGCAUAUUUUAAUCAGAUGCAGAUAGCAGAGAGCUCUUAUCCACAGCCAAGUCAGCAGCUGCCCCUUCCCCACCAGGAGUCACCACCGCCAACACAGCAGCCUCCGCCGUUCAACCUGACCCAGCCCCUGAGCCCCGUCCUGGAGCCUUCCUCUGAACAAAUGCAGUACAGCCCUUUCCUCAGCCAGUACCAGGAGAUGCAUCUGCAACCCCUGCCCUCCACACCAGCACAGUUGCAGCAGCAGCCACCACCACCGCCACCUCCACCACCACCACAACAGACGGGAGCUGCUGCAGCCCCAUUACAGUUCUCCUAUCAGACUUGUGAGCUGUCGAGUGCAGCCUCCCCUGCGCCAGACUAUCCUGCGCCCUGUCAGUAUCCCGUGGAUGGAGCCCAGCAGAGCGGCCUCACAGGGCCAGACUGUCCCAGGAGCUCAGGACUGCAGGAAGCCCCCUCCAGCUAUGACCCACUAGCCCUCUCUGAGUUACCUGGACUCUUUGAUUGUGAAAUGCUAGAUGCCGUGGAUCCACAACACAAUGGGUAUGUCCUGGUGAAUUAAUCUUGGCACAGGAAGUGAGGUGGAUCAAGUGAAGGAAGACUGUAUUUCUAUUUUUAUUCCAGCCUUUUCAAUUUAAAGCUUAUUUUCUUGCCCUUUCCCUAAUGGGGAAAAAUCAAGUUGCCCAACUGGAAUCAGAGGGCCUGGCUGGGGUGGAUGUUGCUUUCCUCCCGCCACAAAGUUUUCUGUGGCAAGUGCUGGAACAUAGUUGUAGGCUGAAGCUCAUGCCCUUAGGUCAAGUGGAGCAAGCUCUCAAGGGAGGCACCAACAAAUGUUUCUAUCAGUAGAAGCCAUUCAGACGUAGGCUUUAUGCAGAAUUAUACCAGUUUAUUUUAUCAUGGGAAACCUUGGUGAAAGGAAAAAUGUGUGCCGUUGCAUAUACAGGGGCAAAAAAAAAAAGGCAAUAUAUUUUUCACUGAAGCUGAGUAACAACAUAUUGCUUCAAGGCAGACCAAGACUACAUAAUGAAAUAUGAUGCACAGGAAAUAAAGGAAAGUUGUUCUUUGUCGUUGAAUCAUAAGUUCUUAGCUGCUGAUGCAAGUUGUCCCCAAGUCUGCUACAAAGCAGUAGAGUGUGAACUCUGUUUCAAGGGCCAUUAAAUAACAGCUGGUACUGACCCCUGAGACUGGCACCCAUCUCCACCUGGGAGCAGGCGACACACCUCUUCAGAAGGUGCCCCUGGGUUAGUGAGUGUCAGAAUAUACUCCGGGCUUCAAAGAUGUCACCCAUAGAACCGACACAAGACCAACCACAGUAGAGGCCGGGGGCAAGAAACUCAAGCAAGCAUCAAGAGCUCCACCCUGGGCCAGGGAAGACAGGCUCUUCCUGCACAGUCUCUUGUAGAGACUUCUGGUUUGGGGGCAGUCGGUCUCCAGAGGACCUAUUGUCUCUUUUACAAGUAAUAACUACUUUGACUUUACACUAUAUGUUGCUAGUAGUUUAUUGAGCUUUGCAUAUUUGGACAGUUUCAUAUAGGGCUUAGAAAUUUUAAGGACACAACAAAUGAACUUUUAUGUCCCAUGUGAAGUGGUAGUGCUGUGCCUUCUUUCCUUCAGAUCAGGCUUUAAUUCUUUCUUUUCUGUAGAAAUCGACAGUUUUCCAUUUAUGUCAAUGCUAAAUCCAAAGUCACUUCAGAGUUUGUUUUCCACCAUGUGGGAAUCAGCAUUCUUAAUUUCCUUAAAGUUUUGACUUGUAAUGAAAUGUUAAGUAUUAUAGCAAUAUUCAAAGAACCACAGAUGUGUUAAUCAUUUAAGCAGAUCAUCUGCCAAGCAAGUUAUAUUACCAAUAAAACUUAACCAACCCUUACAAUUCAUUCAUAAAAGUAAGUAAAAAAUAGAUGCUACAGCUAUUUAACUGUAUAUCUAGAAUUAUGAGUAAUCUGUCAUUGGGACAGUAACAUCCAGGUGUUACAAAUUCAGUAUUAUUUAAAAGAUUGUAUGUUCUGUCCUUUAGAAUGGCUUGUCCUAUCAACAGAUGAAUGCUUUAAGCACAAAGCAUCUUCCUAAAGCACAAAGAAGAGAGAUACUACACAGAUGCUGCAUCUAGAAAACACCUACAAGUUGCCUUUCCUCUUUGUAGUAAGUGUCCAUGCAGGUGAGGGGAAGCAUGGAAAGUCUAGGGCAUUCCAUUUCGGCCACCCCAGCCCAGUUCUUCCCAAUAUUGGUAACUUGAGCAGUCCUUGUUGCUGACGAGAAACUGCAUAUUGGCCGGGGCUCCACACUGGAGCCUGGAUGCUUUGCAGAAAUGCUGUGCUUGGGGUUGGACUUUGGGUGUCAGCAGGAAAGGGUGGGGACUGUCGUUUUUGUGACUUAAUGACAUGCGGUGAAAAGUGAAAAUCCAGUAAGAAUGAAUUAUGUUCCUUCUAUGGGUUUUUUAUUUCUCCUUGUGCUUAAGACUGAUGAUUUUGUGAGAAACAUCAUUUCAUUUGAGAUCAUUUCAUUAAGAUCUCGAAUCUGUUUUAAGUCUGCAAAAUAAGCCAGUUAUAAACAAGGCUUGAUUUCUUUAGACUGAAGGAGAAUGUUUUCCCAAAAUAUACUACAGAAGUGCUGCAAUAUUUACAAAAUUAAUAUGCCUUCCCAAUUGAAAAUGAGGGCCGCUCCUUUCAGAACUGAGGAAUGGCACAGUUACAGAUCGGCAUAAACUCCUGCCCUCACUAAGGCGGUGAGCUGCUUAGCCUGGGAAACCCAGGAGUUACGGCAGGAUAGGCAGGCCAGCAGACGAGGGACCAUGGAGAGGCUGUUAGGAGGUUAGAGAACCCAGAGAGAGAAAUCAGGAAGCAGCCAGCAGCAGCCAGCCCUGUUAGGAACUGACAGACACAGCGGUGGCCUAGACACUCACCUGGGGAAGAGCACGACCCCUCCUGCUGGAGCCUGUGCUAUAAGCUCCUAUUUGUUUAUCUCAUUUAUUUCAAGUAGAAAUCAAUAAAUUCCAUAGCCAUCUGUAUUUACUGAAAUGUGAGCUGGUCAGUUAGCCAGUUUGCCUGGCCCUGUCUGAUCAUUUCUGUUGCUCCCUUCUCUAGCUAACUAGUGAUGGAAGCUUCUGAGCAGUUUCCGCUUCAUAAAUACUAAACUGACACUAACAAGGCUGAGUCCCUCUCCCUUUACAAGGUUACUUUGAAAUACUGACUUGCUUUCCAGUCUGUUUCACAUUAGCAGUGUGUACACUACUGUAUAAUAAUCAUUAGCUUUAUUAGCUUGUAAACCAGGUUCCUCUGAAGAGACUUUGGUGAGAUGAACAUGAGGUAAAAAUUUCAUUCAGCAAACAGUGCAAUAUGUGUGGUACCUUCUUUAUUUUUUGUUUAUGUUCUUUUUUUAAUCCGGGGAUAUUAGUCUCUGCUUUGGGAAAAAUGCACUAGUUCUGCAAUUUCCAGCUGGGCAAGUGUGUCUCUAGUAUUUACAUGUAACUGAUAAGCUGGCCCCUGUAAGGCAAAAAGAGCAUGUUAGCACAAUAGAAAGAGGGUGGAUGACCCGUUUUUAAAUUCCCAUUGAGCUACGCGGGCCACCCCCAGCCAUCCCCUCACCUCCUAUGCCCUGGCUAGUCAGUCCUGCACUACCCACCUCCCACCUUGGGAACAGAGAAGGGACCGGAUGGCUCUCUGCACCACCAACCCCCCAGAAUCCACUGACUGGGAUACAACUGGGGCCCACCAGGAGGACUAGAGAUGAGGCUUAAAGGACUGUUAGUGCUGAUAUAAGGAAAACCUCUUCCUUUCUGUAUCAAACUUUGCCUCCCAAGAAAGAGAAAGUCAGCAGCCCUUUCUUCCUCAGAAAUAAAGAACUCUCGCGUGUUUAAACUGUGUCCUGCAGUCGGUGAGGUGGGACUGGCAGGAGCCUGUGAUCAGGACUAAAGUCAGCCCUCGCCUCUCGUGUUCCUUCCUGACUCUGCCCCUGGAGUAAGAGGGGGUCUGUGCUGUUAUGAGGAGGGAGAGAGGACCACCCUGCAGGAGUAUCACCCUCUACCCUGCCUCCACCUCUGGUCAUGCCCUUAAAGGCAGGGAAACCCUUAAAGAAUUUGGUCUGGUGGUUAAGAUUUGGGAAGAAAAGUAUACUCUUAGCUAGAGAGUGAUUAGGUGAUGAACUGGAAACUAAAGAAAGGUGAAAAGCAACUAGUUAGAAUUCUAGUUAGAGUUGGUCAAAGGUGCCUGGUGUGGGGGCAUUAGAACAUCCUCUGGUUAGGUGCAGGCAGUUCAGCACAGGGGGACACAGCGAGUGAGUGUUGCUUCCUUUCCAGGGGUCCUCCAACCUCUAGUCAAGCCCUAGGUUCUUACAUAUAUUGGGGUCAGAGGUUUUUUUCCUGCUCUGGAUUAUAUUUAAAGACCUGCAUAAACAGUUACACUUAAGCUCCCUAUUGGUUUAAAGAAAACUCAUGUUCCAGAUAACUUUUUCACACUCCUCCUCCUUUAGAGGCAGUAUGUAGUGUCAUUUGACUACACAGGUCCCGGUGAACAGUUGCAGAAUCCCUGUGCUGGGGCUGACCUUUGCUGCAGUUGUAGCCCUACUCUGGGCUGCCUCUACUGCCUCCUUGGAAGCCACCCAAGCCACUCGGUCUCUUUGUGCCUAGACAUCAAAGGUAAAAACCGGAGAACAGGUAGUAAGUUGGAGUCUUUGUACAGGCAGGGUCUUAGAUCAUUUUGUUACUUCUAGAAAUUUUUUACAGAACUUACCUUCAGAGUGAUGUGUGAAGACAAGGGCAGUAUCAUCUGCCUCUGUUUCUAAACUGGACAAAAACAUAUUUUUAAAAAUGUAUACAUCCCUUCUGACAGGUUCCAUAGUGUGGUCCUCCCUGGCCCUUGGCCAAGGGAAGGGACUGUGAUAACAGAGCUCUUUCUGUCUGCCCCUUGAAAGCGAAAGGACCAACGAAGGCAGUGGCCUUCCGUGACCCUCAGGGCCUCUGACUUCCCAGCGCUCUGUCACAUAUUUGUUUUACCAGUCUUUCCAAUGAAGGUAGCCCAGCUGAUUCUAGAAGACUCUCAGCCUUCUGAGUUGCAACACCAUCUUAUGUCUACAUCUUAUCUGGGCGGAUUUUGACACAUUUGGCAGAUUCGGGCAUGCACUGCUGCAUAUUGAGAAACAGGCAGCAGCACUGCCUUUAGAUGUAACCAGUGACGGUUUUCAUGGCUGCCGCCCAAAUACCCAGCUUGCCUGGCCAAAAGGAGCAACAGCUUAGACUGAGACAUUAAUUUACCAAGCACUUUCACAAGUCAUCUCUUCUAAUACUCGCAACAGUCAUAUGAAAUUAGUUGGGUGGGUAUUAUCUUUAUUUUUCACAGUUGAGAAAGCCAAAACUCGCAGAAGUUUACAUGACCUAUCCAAGGUCACAGACCUCACGGGUGAGGCGCCAGGACAAGCAUCUGGGUGGCUGGCUUCUCAGUUUGGUUCUCUGGCUUCUCGUUCUGUGAGAAGCCCUCUCCCCCAUCCUCGGUAACAACUUGCUCUUUUCAUAAGCAAACAGCUGGAGAAACAAAGCACCCAUUUUGGUCAAGCACUGGGUGAAUGUGACUGUCCCCACAACCUUAUUCUCCACUUAACAGCUGCCUGGCUUUGGGGAAGAGGUGCCCUUCAGGUGACAACUGCAGCUGUCCAGGUGGCCCUGCAUUGAACAAGGCCAACAGAGACACAGGUCCCACAAAUUGGCCAUCCUUUCAGUGUCCAGUUAACUACAGAAGUCUAGGCUCACAUCGAAGGUAACUAAUUUUUCCAAGUUACACAAUACAGUAAUUUCCUAUAGAAGUAUAUGCUGGAAGGACACACCCUCCUUGAUUGCCAAGGGACCAAACUGUACAUAUCAGCCCUCCACAGCAGGCCAACAGAUUCAACCCCAGGAAAGGGGGCUGCUCUGAGAAGAAUCACAAAUUCAGACUUUGUCCUGAGGAGGGGGAAUAAUGUUUCUUUAAAGUCUCAUCAAGUACUCAUUAGACACUUUUAGGAUUAAAAUAAUAAUAACAUGCUUUGAGUGAAUACUUUGUCUUUUCAGAGCCAAAGCGGGUAGGUAUGGCGGAGCUUUAAAAAUAGAUGUACAAAACAUCCUGGAAAAAUAUGACCCCAGAGGGAAUAAUGUUAGAUUAGCAAAUACAGAUAACUGGGAUCUGCCACUGGCUGUGUGAUGCCUGUCUGUUCAAGAUUUGCUCAGUCAAGGAAAUUCAAGUGGUGAUACCUUCCCACUACUAAUGGUAAAAGAUAUCUGCCUUCACCAAAUCUCUGAAGAGGAAAGAAACAGAGAGAAAAGGAAAUUUGCUUCUCUUUGGAGGACUGCAAUUUUAGAAAAGUGAUACAGAGAUAUUUGCACUUUGUAGAAAGGGCAAGAUUAUUUGCUUUUUUCUGAAGGGAGGAGGGUGGUCUUUGCUGGAUGUUUGGUUUGUGAAAGAGUUUCUUUUGAUAAAGUUAAUCUAAUUGUAGUUAUUUUUUGUGUGGUUUUUUUUUUUUUUUUUAAAUUACUAAGAAUUGGUGAGUUUAAUAGCUUUGGUAUUUUGAGUGCAAAUCAUAAUAGCUCCAAUGUGAGAAAAAUCAAAGUGUAACCUGUCAUUCAAUGUUAGAAAAUUGCCCAAAGUGAAGUUUAAUAAAUGACAUUUGUACCAAACAGUAAUUUAAAUAGGGUAAUUUUCUGCAAGGAAAAUGUACUGUUUUUAUGUUUCCAACCCUCUUGAAUUAAAAUAAAAACAACUUGUUUUCUAA